UGUCAGUCUUGCCCUCUCCUAAACAUUGCGAUAUUUUUCUGUACGUCCUCCAUCAACAAGAAUGGCUUCGAUGUCGACGACAAUUUAGUGCUACUAACGAAUCCGAGAAGAACGCAAAGCAAUUUUUAACUGUAGUGCUCAAAAAACAAAGUUCCGUUAAAUGUGAGUAAUACUCGAUUAUGGUGUGCUUUCGUCGCUAGAGUACGCAAACCACGGUUUACCAUCAAUGAGAAUGGAGGAGACAGACAGGCUCAGUGGAUCAGCGGGGGCUUGUGGGCAGAGCUCGGCUGGACGGGCAAACACAAGCAGAAUAUCAAAAGCGGCCACUACCCCACGCACGUCAACGGCAGAUGGACUUUGCCGGUUCAAUUGGUUUCCAUCCCUGCGAAGAAAGCGUUCCUCGUCAACAACUGUUGUGGUGGCCACAGCCCACAGCAAGAAGAACGAUGGAGCAGGAACUGUCAAGGAAGAAUUGUUUACCGCCAGCGAUGAAAACAAUCACGACAGCCAAGCAGAAGGGGGUAGCGUGUUUUACACGCUACGAAAACGGUUCCAGAAGAAAUUUACCUCGGUCAAAGUGAAAGCCUUUGAGCCGAAUGUGGCCGGUACGUUGGGUGGCGCAGGCACUCCAAAUUCUACCACCUCGAACACGAACUACAAUGACUCAAGCCACUGUACUGGCACGGCAGGGGAACGACUUCCAAGUGAUACCUGCGUGAACGGAAAUGAUUUUGCACGGAUCGUCAUUGAACGGCAUAGUCAAAACCCUAUCCGGUUUUCGUCACCUAAUGCUAACUUACCUGUGAUAAUCAACAGUAGAGAUACUGAACCAAAUACGGGGGAAGACCGAAGACCCCUAUCAGUAACCGCCCCAUCCGCUGCCACAUCCGAACCUAGCACCUCCGAAUUGGACGAUAUGAUGGCGCAAAUGCGUAUCGAUCUGCUACAGUAUGGAUGGUAUUGGGGGAAACUUACGCGUUUAGCGGCACAGAAAAGGCUAGCCCAACAAGAGAAUGGAACAUUUUUGGUACGUGAUUCGCAAACCGAAAAAUACCAGUUUACAGUGAGUUUUCGAAGCUCCGGAAUAACCUUGCACUGUCGUAUAGACUUUGAAAAUAAUUACUGGUCUUUUUCUGGCUUAGCGACACCCACGACGUACAAAACGAUGGUGGAUUUGAUACAGGAUACUAUGAAGAAGUCCGAGUAUGGGGUAAUAGGUUAUGUAAAGCAAGACACAACGUUAAUGCCUCCGUUUCCUGUGCGACUGACUAGGCCAAUCAAUCGAUUCUACGAAGUUUCAUCCCUGCAGCAUUUAUGCCGGUUCAUUAUACGGCAAAAAAUUGAUCCCAAAUCCACCAACGAACUGCCACUACCGGAAAAGCUGAAAAAAUAUGUAGAGGAAAACUUCUAUGAUCUCUAGUUAGGCAUAGUUCCGUAUUGCAAGAACAAACAUUGACACAAGGCGUCUACCAGUGAAAUCUCAAUAAGUUAAGAUUGGAGCGAUUGUAGAAGUGGUCUAAAUGCGCUAGAGGAUGUUUAUUUGAAGGAGAAAAUAUAAACCACGUUUGCAAUGCAUACAUGCAUGCACGUGUGCAACGCGAAUGCAACAGUGCACUAGAACGCACAAUCUUUUCGACAUGCUCACGUAACUUUGGACUGUUGCAUCAAUCAUAACGGCAAGCAAUGUUACACAGAACCGUUUGUUCGCCACAGCAAUUAAUAAGUAGACAAAUUUCAACAUGAAAAUGAUGAAUUUCUUUAUCAUUACUUUCCUUCUCAAAUGGAAACACACAAUUUGUACAUAGCUAGUUGGCUUCGUCACGAUUGUAUCACCAAAGAUAAGCAGAACGAAUUAAUCGACUAUACAAUAAAAACAGUUCAAAUGCAAGAACAA